AAACAACUUUCUAAAUGUUGUAAGGAAAUCCAAAAACAUGUUAUGAUGCAGAAGUGUUUAGCUCCAAAGAAUUAAUAUCUUUUCGUUAAAACUGAGUUUCUUUUGACUAUAAUCGUUGCAUUUUGGAGAUUUUUGCAGUGCUCGGCAUUCUGAGGUCUGAAAGAUGGCGGAGAAAUCGUCGUCCUCUCAAAAUGCUGGAGUCAAAAUCGGUCAUUACAUCUUAGGGGACACCUUAGGAAUUGGAACAUUUGGGAAGGUUAAAAUUGCAACUCAUCAGCUGACAAAUCACAAAGUAGCUGUGAAGAUUUUGAACAGACAAAAGAUAAAAAGUUUGGAUGUUGUUGGAAAAAUAAAAAGAGAGAUCCAGAAUCUCAAGCUUUUCCGUCACCCUCACAUAAUCAAACUGUAUCAAGUGAUAAGCACACCCACAGACAUUUUCAUGGUGAUGGAAUACGUGUCGGGAGGCGAACUGUUUGAUUACAUUGUCAAACAUGGCAAAUUGAAGGAGCCUGAGGCCAGGCGAUUCUUCCAGCAGAUUAUAUCAGGGGUGGACUACUGCCAUCGACACAUGGUUGUACAUCGAGAUCUCAAACCAGAAAAUCUCCUACUGGACAGUAACCUCAAUGUUAAAAUUGCUGACUUUGGACUUUCAAACAUGAUGCAUGAUGGUGAAUUUUUACGUACAAGUUGUGGUUCCCCAAACUAUGCUGCCCCAGAAGUCAUCUCUGGAAAACUGUAUGCUGGACCAGAGGUAGAUAUCUGGAGUUGUGGUGUUAUACUGUAUGCCCUGCUGUGUGGAACACUCCCAUUUGAUGAUGAACAUGUGCCAACUUUAUUCAGGAAGAUUAAAUCUGGAAUAUUUGCUGUCCCUGAUUAUCUGAACAAGGAGGUGGUCAGUCUGCUGUGUAUGAUGCUCCAAGUGGAUCCCCUUAAACGGGCCACGAUAUCCCAGAUAAGGGAGCAUGAGUGGUUCCAGAAGGACCUGCCAUCUUACCUGUUCCCUUCCCCACAAGACCAGGACGCCUCCAUUGUAGAAAUGGAUGUCAUACGAGAAAUUUGUGAGAAAUUUGGUGUGACUGAAUAUGAAGUCCAGAGAGCUUUACUGAGCAAUGACCCUCAUGACCAGCUAAAUAUAGCCUAUCACCUGAUUGUGGACAACCGGAGACUCGCCGGGGAAGUGUCCACCACUAGUACAUUUACAGAUGUUGAGUUACAUGAGUUUUAUCUGGCCUCCAGUCCUCCCCCUGACUCCUUCCUUCUGGCAAAGCAGUCUCAUAUACUGGGCACACCAACUCCCCAGGAACAUGCCACAAGUCCCAUGAGACCUCACCCAGAAAGGAUGCCAGAGAUGAAGAACACCUCUCAUACUUUAGAACCUAUUGUUAACACAAAACAACUUGGUGCUCAGGCAAAGAAGGCCAAAUGGCAUUUAGGAAUCCGAUCACAAAGUAAACCUCUAGACAUCAUGCAUGAAGUUUACCGAGCCAUGAAAACUUUAGACUAUGAAUGGAAGAUUGUGAACCCAUACCACGUACGAGUCAGAAGAAAGAACCCUGUUACUGGAAGACACUCUAAAAUGAGUCUACAGCUGUACCAGGUUGACCAGAAGAGUUACCUACUGGACUUUAAGAGCCUGUCUAACGUGGAGAUCCAUGAGUCAAUGUCUUCGUCCUCGUCCGUCGAGUCCACUCGUAUGCCGAUGUCACCUCCCUCUUCCUGCUCUGAUCUUGAUCCGGCCACUGAUACAGUCUUGUUAAUGCCUGAUCCAGCAGCAUCUGAAGCUCAAGUUAUCAAUAAUCAUGAGUCCUCGACCAGUGAAAGUUUAGCUAGUAUCCUAGAUGAGAAGAUGGACAUAGAUGAGGACCAGCCUAAGCAACACCAGACUCUGGAGUUUUUUGAAAUGUGUGCAAGUCUUAUUACAACACUGGCCAGAUAGAAGAUUAUACAAAGAUCACUGAAAGAUUCAGCACCUACAGGAGUUGUACACCAAAGUAUAGAGAAUCACUGUACCAGUAUAUAAAGUCCAUUGUCUAUGUGCUUUAUUCUGAUAUUAACUCAUUCCUUCUACUCUGUAUAUCUUGUCAGUGUUGCAAGCACAACAGCAAUGUUAAUGUUACUAGUGUGCAAUAUGUGAUAGAUUUCAACCAAACUAUGUUAUGCCAUUUGUCUUAUAUUGCCAGUGGGUGUUAAUAUCAGUAGCUAAGAAUUUUCAGUGUUUACGAUUUUGUAGAUGAAUGUCUGGUAAUUGUCUUGGAACAAUAUGUAGAAAAGGGUGUCUGUGAUAAAGUUCUCUGUGUUGUCUGUAUUAAGUUUAUUUUUGUCUUUGUUUACUGGACAACUGAAUGCAUUUAAAAUGUGGAUCAUUUGUUGCUGUAGUAAUCAUUUGGAUUGAGAUACACAUGUACCUGUUUGGGGUAAGAUUAGGAAUGAGUGACACAGACUGUUUCAGGGUUGUCACUGGUAUUAUGUUUUCUGCCAGAUUAUUUCCUCAAAACUGAACAUAAUGGUGACUAGUGCUUUGGAUGGUGUCUGGAGAAUGUUGUAUUAUGAUUACCAUUACUUGUACUUCCAUGGAAUUUAAUUGAUAAUUUGAUGUUUUAUCAUUCAUGUAUUUGACAUUUAUUUACUAGUUAUCUUCUGAUUUGAGAGAGUAAUAAGGACUGUUUAUGUUGAAGCUUUAUUUUGUGUUAUAUUUUGCUCAGCUCUUUUUUUCUAUGUAGAGCAACAGAGAAUGACUAAAUCUUCUAAAUAUGUUUAUUGAAAACUUGAAACAUUUAUUACAAUGACAUUGGGCCCUUUAACUACUGCUGUAUUCAUGUAAUGAGAAAUUGGAUGAAAUUGCGGCAUGCAUUAUUAUAUUGUAUCUGUUUGAACCCAUAUUAUUGGAUCUUAUAAAAUAUUAAACACAUGUACAUAAAGGGAGAAUGACCCCCUGCUCAUGAGACAAAUGACAAUCUUCUAACAAAAGACUGAGAUCUAAAAAGAAAUAGAAACCAGUUGUAGUAAACCAUUUUGUCAGUUUUACAGUUAUCUCUCUUUGCAGAUUUAUCUCUUUUUCUGGAAAGUCAUUUGUUCUUAAUCAGACUUUUUCUUUUUUUGUCCUGGGAGCAGGAAGAUUUUGUAUGAGUAAUGCUUUUCCUGGCAGCUGAAUUCCACCUCGGUUUUCUGAGUUUGGGUCUGCCCACAGGCAGCUAGGUUUUGUAAAUAUUUACAGCUUUGACGAUAUGUAUUGUAGAAUUGAGAGAGGACAUUAGUAAAAGAGGGUUUAAUAAGCACUGAUUCUCUAUGGUACUUCUAUAAGAGAUAAGUUCUCAUUCAGAAAAAUGAAAUAUUUUAUGAAUCAAAUGUCAAUGUUUGUUUUCAAAAUAUUACUAUUAAAUGAUUCUGGAGAGAUUAAUUUCAAUUAUAUGGUUGCUGCAAAUGUCUGUUGAAUAUAUUGUUAAUCAUAAUAUUCAGAGGUAUAGUUCUUCAUAAAGUCAUUUCAAUAACAAAUGCUUUAGUUCCUAGUCUGGAACAUUUUAUGCUACCAAUACGUUCUGCUAAGAUUAAGUUUGUUACCAAUGAAUGUAAACUUAUCUUUGACUGUGCUUAACAUUAAUUGUAUGAGUUUUUUUUUUUUGUUUAUUUGAUUAUGCUUGCUGUUUACAUUACCCCUGAAUGACUGUUAGUUAUCAUACAAUAUUGUUAAUACUGUCACAGAGGCCAAACCUGAUGAUGUUCCUGCUGUCCAUGCUGUCAUGGAAACCAGACUUCAGAGAGUUUGAUCCCUGUCUUUAAUAGGGCUGAGGUUUCUGUUGUGAAUGUUUAUAUUAUAAUGGUUCAUAUUACAUAAAAUAAAGUCAUUCUCCAAACUUA